AGCACAUUCAUCAUCAGUGGAGUGGUGUACUGUAGUGUAGAAACCUGAGCAUUCAGCAGUUAUGGCUCAGACUUCAGGAGUAUAGGAGACAGCAGCAGCUUUAGGAACGACUAAGGCGAAGCUUUACGGUUGGCCCGCGUGGUGUCCGUCCAUCCAGCGUCAGCCGAUGCAUGUCCAUAAUAGCUCGCCAAGGGAGUGUAAAUGCGCGCUGCGACCUGGCUCUAUGUGUGAAAGCAGCACGAAAUUAUCUGAUAUUAGUGUAAUGACCUGUUAGAAGUCGAGUGUCCGCUUGUUGGUCACUCCCCGUCGACGGAACGACAAUAUUGAACCGCCUUGCGAAGCCAAAUCCAAGUUCAUCCUUUCGCGAUUGCUGAUCUUUUGCACUAGUGACUGGCACUUACUGAAUUCAACCAUUCUACUGAUCCCACUUUCUCCUUUAUACUUAGCUGGUAGAAACGUCCGUUAGCUGGCUUUCGCGUGAUAUCUCGCGUCCACUUAGCAGCUGCAUCGAGGUGGAGGAGAAGAAGGAGGAGCUGCGGCAGUUGGUCGGUGCGAGCUACCGCCAUCUCAUCGAAUCCGCUGACUCGAUUUUAGACAUGCGACGGUCAUGCGAGGCUGUGGUGCGAAACGUGGCAGCCAUGGAGUCGGAUUUCUCUCUCCUGCACAAAACCAUCUCCACCACAACCACCCACCACUCCUGGUGCCGAUGCCAAACGCAAGCGCAAGGAAGCCCUGUAUGCUCUGGGCAGCCGGGUCAAGUACCUGGUGGACACUCCAGAGAAGAUAUGGGGCUGUCUGGACGAGAAGAAUGUUCCUGGAAGCUGCCCAGCGGUUCAUGCGCGCAUGGGAGGUGCACCAGCUGCUGUCGCCCUCCACGAGUGCUGGAGGAGAAGGAGCAGCAGCAGGGGGCGGGUGGCAGGCGCAGCAGCAGGGGCUCAUGGCGUCGUUCCCUCUGCUGAGGCACCAGUGGCCGCUUGUGGAGACGUUUCGCACCCAGAUCGUUGACAGGAGCAGGGAGUGCCUGCACGAUGCAUCGCGCAUUCCCAGCAGCGGGCGUCGAAGAGUACGCAGCGGCGCUGGCAGCACUGGCAGUGAUGGAGCAGCUCUCUUCUCACGACCUGCUCAAGCUAUUUUUGGAUGCUCGUAGAGCGUGCUUGCGCUCCCAGCUUGUGUCUGCCACUUCAACUGUGGGCGCUGGGGGGGGCUUUGCGGACGGACUGGCAUCAUUGCUCAGUCAACUGGUGGCCAUGAUUCAGCUAACCCUGUGUCAAACGGGGCAGCUCUUCCUUGAAGUUUCCUCGUCCGAUCGAGCGAUUCUCUUCGCGACGCUGCUGCAGGGCGCACCGCAGGCGCAGCUGUUUGGGGGCAUCCCCCAGCCGGACAGGGAGGUGGCGCUGUGGCACCGCCACAGGGAGGGGAUGGAAGCCAGACUGCCGUCGCUGAGCAGCAAGGAGGUGGCAGAGGCGUGCCAGGGAUGGCUCAGGGCGUGCGCUGCUGACAUUGCUGCCGAAUCCAGGAACCUUCUCAGCAGGGUCACCCAGAUCCGCCACCUGGCGCAAGCAGAGGCUGCCACGCGUGCAGCGAUCGCCAGCAAGGACAUCUUCGCCGCCAGCCUGGACUGGCUGACGUCAGCCUUUGGCUCCACCCCUGACUCGCCCUGGCGUGCCCUCUGCGAGCUGCUCCUAAAAGAGCCAAAGGACCUAUGGGGCGAGUUAUUCGAGGCCGCGUUCGCACUUAGGGCGCGGGAGAUUAUAGAUGCAGCGUUUGCGGAGCUGACUUUGAGGGAGGAGAUAGAUGGGGUGUUGAGGGAGGUUGGGGAUGUGGUGGCGGUGGCAGCGGUUGUUGCAGCCGAGAACGCCGUUUCUUCUGCUGGUGCUGCUGGUGGUGGUGCUACUGGUGGCACUGCUGCUGCUGCUUCUGCUGCCGCUGCUGCUGCUGCUCGUGGUGUUGGUGCAACCAGCGCACUUUCUGCUGCUGCUUUCGGCAGUGAGAAAGCAACCGGAUUCACAGGCGGAGACAGGGGGUUGGGGGCGGGUUGGGCUAGGCUCCCCUCUCUCACUGACGUGUUAGGCCAAGCAGGGUUCGAGGAGACAGGCGGUUUUGCUGUAGGGGAGGCAGUCUGGGGCAGUUUGGGAGACGAGUUAGGCGUAGCAGGGCUAGGGAGAGGCGGGGAGGAGGGGCAGGAGGAGGGGGGAAGGAGGAGGGACGGAGGGGGAAUGGGGAGGUGGUUUUGCGUGGCACGCAGGCGUAUGAGCCCCAGGUAGUGGUGGUAUGGCAGUUGUUGGAUUCCAGAAUCCAGGAGAUUCUUUUGGACGCUCUCACUCUCCUCCUCCCCCACUCCUCACUCGCUCCUUCCGCCCAUUCCUCCUCCCCCUCCUCCACCUCCCCCUCCUUCUCUUCUGCUUACACUCCCAGCGCCACUGCUCCUGCUGCUUCAGCAGCCUCCCGAACCAAGGAGCUGGCUCCGUACCUGCAGGAUCGGUGCCACGAGUGUAUGAUGCGGCUGGUGGGGCUGCUAGCAAGCAGGCUUGGAGACCUUCAGAAGCAGCAGCAGGCUGAAGAGGCAAGCAGAGGAACAGGAGAGAAUGGAGAAGUCGAGAAAGACUGUAAAUCUGAGGCAGCGGCAGCUGCGCCAGGGGGAGUAGCAACUUCAGAUGAGGGAUUAGGAUCCAACGGUCCAGAUGCAGUGAAUGCUCUAGGGGGGCUACCCGCACAAGUGGCAGUGGAGCAGGCUCUCCUGAUUGGACGGCUGGCGGCGGCAGUAGCGCAGAGCUCCUCCUCUCUAGCUGUAGCCCUGGGCCCAUCUUCCACCUGGUCGGCUGUAGCAGCAGCUGCUGCCGCUACAGGUAGUGAUGGCGCUACUGCUGCUGGUGCUGAAUAUUCUCCUGAGACAGCUGCUGCGGAAUCAGCUUAUGGGGUGGCACCAGGGGCUACAGGAGCUGCAGCUUCGGAAGCUAGUAGCAGGGCAGCUUAUAACGGGGAUGCUGGAAGGGAUGUGGCAAGGGCUGGGGAGCCGAAGUUACAGUGGCCGGCGCAAGAGGUUGUAGCGAAUAUAAUCGCUGCAACAGUGGCAGGGGGUGGCAGCAGUGGCAGUGGCAGUAGCGG